AUGUCAAUUAUAAAAUUAAAAUCAUCAUUAGGUUAUAUAUGGUAUCGAAUAGGCUGUUUUUUAAUUGAAAUUUAUUGUCAUAUUGAUAAUCUUGGAAUAAUUCGUUAUUUUGAUUCAACAUUCGAAGAUAAAACCAAAGAAACAAUUGUUAUACUAUGUUUAAUAUUAAUUGCUUUUACAAUUGUUUCUUCAUCAAUUUCAACUGUUUUUAGUUUUCUUAAUGGUUUUGGAAAUUCAAUUGAAGAUUAUCCUUUUUAUUCAAAGAAAUAUAAUAAAAAAAUAAUUCAAUCUUUACCAUUAUUAUCUUUAUUCGAUAUUCAUAUAUCAAUUCUUAUUCUUUUACCAAAAAUUCUUAUUAAUUCACAACUUAUUAAUGCUAAAAUAAAAGAUCAAAAUUUGUUAUUUGAAUCUUCAAUUGAUUUUAUUGUUGGAAAUGCAAUGAAACGUGUUAAAAAAGAUGGAGAAUUAAUAAUUAUCUUAGAUUCCAAUCCAUAUCCAGCAGCAUCGUGUCAAAUAAUAAAUUUCUUUCUUUUUUUAAUUCGAUAUAAUUUUUCUUAUUCAAAUUCAUUUUAUAAGAUUAAUAAAUAUUUAAGUUUAAUAAUGAUUGUUCAUUCAAUAAUAUCAAUAUUAUUAAUAUUAUUAACAUAUGGAACAUUUGAAAUUUUAUUUAAAAUUGAGUCAAUUGUUAAUUAUUCAAUAAAUAUCUAUUCGUAUUUUUUAAUAACAUCAUUAAUGAUUUCAAUAUUAUUAAUUUUAUUAACAAAUCAUACACUAUUUCAUUUUGGCUUAACUAUUUACUCACAAAAACAAAAUCAAAUAUCAAAUCAAUUAAUACAUCUAUCAACUUUGAAUGAUCAAUAUUUCAUUGAACGUUCAAUACGUCGUUCGUUAAUAUUUUAUUUAUUAUUUGUUAUAUUAACUGUUAUUUGUCAAUUACCAUUUAUAAUAUUAAUAUUAAAAUUAUUUCUAUCAGAUUUAAUUGAUUAUUUAUUUAUUAUUUAUAUUGUAUUUCUUUUAUUAUAUUUAUUUAUUUCGAUAAUAUUAUUUACGUUUCUUUGUUUAUUUCCAUUAUCAUAUUGGAAUUUUAAUUAUUUAAAUAAAUUAAAAGAAAAUAAUCAAUCCAAAUCAUCAUCAUCGUCAUCAUCAUCAUUAAUUUUAAAUAGAAUAAAUGAAAAUCUUGAAGAAAAAUAUUUUUCAUUAAAAACUCCACAUAUAAUUCCAACUCGAUCAGUAAGUAGUUGUGGAUUAACUGUUAUUGAUCAUGAAAUUUCUAAUGGAAGAACUUCUCAUCCAACAUUUCAACAAACACCUGGUGUUGCAACUGAUGCUCUACUUGUUAUGCAUUAA